AUCGUCCUGAGCGGCUGCAUUUAUUCACACACGCUAUUACACACACUUUCCUUUAGACCCUCAGUACUCGCUGUGGUUCUGGAGAUCGGCUGUGUGAAGAUGCCUUACAACAGCCAGUACGGACAGAAGAUCCAGGCGGAGAACACGCAGGGCGACGGGAAGACGUUCGAGCAGCUGCGACAGGAAUGUUUGCAGAAGGGAAAGUUGUUUGAGGAUCCCGACUUCCCAGCGGUUGACACCUCACUCUUUUAUAGUGAAAAGGUCCCGGUUAACUUUGAAUGGAAGAGGCCGAAGGAAAUAUGCAAAGACCCACAGUUUAUUGCUGGAGGAGCCACCAGGACCGACAUUUGCCAGGGGCAGCUGGGAGACUGUUGGCUGUUGGCCGCGAUUGCCUCUCUGACCAUGUACGAUGACACGCUGAGGAGAGUCGUGCCGCACGACCAGGACUUUGGUCGCAACUAUGCUGGCAUCUUUCAUUUCCAGUUCUGGCAACAUAACAAGUGGUUGGAUGUUGUGGUGGAUGACAGACUCCCUUGUGUUAGGAACAACCUGGUGUUUGUUCACUCCGCAGACAACACAGAGUUCUGGAGUGCACUUCUGGAGAAGGCCUACGCCAAGCUGAACAGCAGUUAUGAAGCUCUGAAAGGGGGGAGCACCAUGGAGGCCAUGCAGGACUUCUCUGGUGGCGUGGGGGAGAUGUACGAGACGAAGAAACCGCCGACUGACUUCUUCAACAUCCUCAAGAAAGCUGUGGAGAGAGGAUCCAUGCUGGGCUGUUCCAUCGAUAUCACAAGUUCUGCUGAGUCUGAAGCUCAAACCUCUACCGGUCUGGUUAAAGGCCACGCUUACUCCAUCACUGGAGUGGAAGAGGUCAACUGCAGAGGAUCCAAAGUCCAGCUCAUCCGAGUCAGGAACCCCUGGGGUCAGGUGGAGUGGAACGGCCGCUGGAGCGACAAUUCCAAGGAAUGGAAAGGAGUUGACAGUGCAGACAAAAAUCGAUUGCUUAACAAUGCCCUGGAAGACGGAGAGUUCUGGAUGGAGUUUGAAGACUUCAAAGCAAACUUCGAUAAGGCCGAGAUCUGUAAUCUCACUCCAGAUUGCCUGGUGGACGACGGUAAGAAGAAAUGGGAGGUGAGCUUGUUUGAGGGCAGCUGGAUCAGAGGCACCACUGCUGGCGGAUGCAGGAACUACAUCGACACGUUCUGGACGAACCCCCAGUUCAAGAUUCGACUGAAGGAUCCCGAUAAGGGUGACAAUCUAUGCAGUGUCAUCGUGGCUCUCAUGCAGAAGAACCGUCGUCGCCUCAGGAAAGAGGGGCUUGACAUGGAGACCAUCGGCUUUGCCAUUUAUGAGGCUGCAAAUGAUGAAGACCAACAGGGGAAAGACUUCUUCCGGUAUAACGGCUCCAAAUAUCGCAGCCGUGCCUACGUCAACAUGAGGGAGGUCUCCGAGCGCUUCAGACUCCCACCUGGAAACUAUCUUCUGGUGCCUACCACCUUCCAGCCACACCAAGAGGCCGACUUCCUCAUCCGCCUCUUCUCAGAGAACAAAGCUGCAGCCAUUGAGAUGGGAAACACUAUUCAGGCUGACCUUCCUGAUCCACCAGUACCGAAUCCUCCUGAGGAAGAAACCGAUGAGGAGAAAGGUCUGAGGAGAUUGUUUGAGCAGAUCGCUGGCUCGGACAUGGCCAUCAGUGCCACAGAAUUACAGCAGGUGCUAAAUGCAGUCCUGAGCAGAAGAAAAGAAGUGAAGUUUGAUGGUGUGAGCCUCAGUACCUGUCACAGCAUCAUCAAUCUCAUGGAUGUCGAUAACACAGGAAUGCUGGAAUUCGAGGAGUUCAAAGUCUUCUGGGACAAACUGAAGAAAUGGAUUAUGCUGUUCUUGUCUUUCGAUACGGAUCGUACAGGCCGCAUGUCUGCCUAUGAGCUCCGCACCGCUCUCAACGCAGCAGGGAUGCAGUUGAAUAACAAGAUUCUUCAGCUAUUGGGUCUCAGGUUCAUGGAUGCCAAUUUUGACAUUGACUUUGACGAUUACCUGACCUGUAUCGUUCGAUUGGAGAACAUGUUCAGGGUUUUCCAAGGAUUUGACAAGCAUAAGAAGGGUGAGAUCAAUCUAAAUAUGCAGCAGUUCCUGUUUUUGUCCAUGAACGUCUGAGGAUUUCAUGAAACAAGAGGAAGAACAAAAGAUUAGAACAUCUGUUUGAAGCCACUGUGGAUCUCGACACGUACUGAAUACACACGCUUUUGUUUUGUUUGUUUUCAGAUUCUUUAUAAAUACUGAUGGUGUUAAUGAGAAGAUUUUACUGUGAUUAACCCCCCCCCCAAAAAAACGUGUUGCAAACAAUUUCCAGUGUCGUAUUCUCGAUUGUAUGUGUUUACUCUUAUUUGGUUUUGAUUUGGGAUAUGAUGACCCCUUUGUGCUUGUGCCAGAUCUUAUAUUCUUUUAAUGGCUGCUAAACUUAUCUGAGCUUUCAGUUGCUUUUUAAAGUCACCGACUAACAUGAAUGAAUGAAAGAAAUAAAAAGUUUGUGC